GGGUUUUGUUCCGAGCAACCUCUACGAGGUGAAGCCCAUCAACUGACUGAGAUACCAUCUCAUUCAGGCUAAUGGCUCGGACGGCAAACUUUGGCGACCACUUGUGGUGUAGCCAGACGCUGUCGUUAUGGAAUGUGGGGCGUAAGGGAUUAACCACCCGGUUUCGCAUGCAGACCUACCGAUGUUUCUCUCAGUACAUCGUGUCCGUGAACAAAGGACAGAAUAAAGAGAGCGUAACGGAGGGAUUUAGGAGAAUCCCCUUUGAACUGAUCGUGGCCGGUACGAGUCCGGGAUACAAAUUCGGUUAGCCCAUGGUCGGCCUUGGGGGUCAGCCUAGCAUUAGUGAUCAAUGCCGAGACUUAACCAGUCAAAGACGUAUUGUGAGCAAGACGGAGAUCCUUCCCUCAGGAAUGAGGAUGGAAACGGGAAACGCUCCUAGAGCGCGAGCCGUGGCAGAGUGAUAGCCCUAAGUUGGGUGUGGUGCGCAUGUCUCAUGUGCGGCCACACAUGAGUCUUGUCAACUCAACCAACCGGGACCACUACUGGCCCGAGAGGAUAAAUCCUCCGUCGGUGCUGUCUUACGACAAAAGACAGUGCUUAAGUUAUAAACACUGGAGAAGGCCGCCAGUCUUGGUAAAGGACUGUCCGGUACAAGAAUGGUAGAAGGGGUAUAAAGUAAUGAACGAGACGCACUGGCUGCGGUAGCUCUGUGUAUUUACGGUACCCUUGGUUCACCUGGCGAACUCGAGUCUGUGACUUGGGGAGAGAGCUGAGCCUACCGGAUCUGUUGAUCUGGGUUCGAAGAUGCAAUCACCAUUCUAACGAAUGCGAACGUGCCGCGCGCACAUCCACUGUCAGAGAGGCUAUACGUUGAAAUCCUCGAAAGUAAACUGAUUCAGUUCAGACUUCACAGUGGUCCCGCCUAACAGAGCGCCAGGCGGUGGGAUAGCAUUCAGGGAGGAAUACUGCUCGGUAAGGGGGUAGGAAGUAGUGCUUUGUGCUUGCACCUAGCAUGAAAUGUUUGGAGGUUUUAGUUUCGACGAACUUUCAUUCGCCUACUUAUCCCUAGAACCGCGUAAAGGUUCCUCCAACUCCAGGGCUUUUCUCAAAGUCAGGGCACCCAUACUGGUAGUUAGUACAUUUUCGAUCGCUCCUGGGGGAUGUAGCCGCGGAGCUAAAAUUUCUGUCCUUUUACGGCCUGUAUCAGCACCUCUUCUCUUUUGCAGUGCGCGCGUUCAAGCUGUCUCACCAGCAACUCCAUCAUUAACUAUAGUAGUCUAAGGAUUCUUGGUUUGCUACAUGUGUAUAAAUGCAUGCUCGCAAUCCAUAUCGUGACCCUCCUCGGUUUGCCGAACUUGCGAAAGCGUAUCCUCCUUUGAGUCCCUAUAUUAUUCGCAAUCCGGAUGGGACCAGCACCAUCGACUUCAAAAAUGACAAAGCACAAAGAUGCCUGACAGAGGCCUUGCUGCAUCGCGAUUUUGGAAUUAAACUAAAUCUUCCAUCGGACAGAUUGUGUCCUCCAAUACCGAAUAGACUCAACUAUGUUCUCUGGAUACAAGAUAUCAUCCGCUCGACUUAUGGUCAACACACUAAUACCAUAAGAGGGAUAGACAUAGGGACUGGUGCAUCAGCUAUAUAUCCCCUGCUGGCGUGUACUUUAGAGCCCAGUUGGUGUUUCGCUGCUACAGAGAUCGAUGAAACUUCGUUCAACUAUGCGCAGCAGAAUGUGACGAAUAAUGAUCUUCAGGACAGGAUACACAUUAUAUCUGCGCAUUUAAACGCGCCCAUAUUAACUCCUCUCAUAAAUUGUUACGACGAUGAUAAUCAAUAUCACUUCACGAUGUGCAAUCCGCCUUUCUACAAUAGCGCUGAGGACGUUGAACGCUCUUUGGCUGCGAAGGAACUUGAGCCACAUGCGGUAAGAGUGAACAUGUCUUAUUUUUAG